CACGUCUGAGUACAACGUGCUUGUGGGGAAUCUUUCCCGCUCGUCCCUUUUACCUGCGCUGUGUCUACAAUACAAUCUUAAUUUUCAAUCUAUUUAAUUUCACUCUGGGGUAAAUAAAGUGUAUUUUUACUGACUUUUUUAUUCUCUUAUGACUGAAUAAUAGGUGUUUUUCCCCAACACAGUGGAAAAAGCAUCAUUUUGUAUUUACAGGAGCUCACAAUCUGCUUUAUUCUGAAAGUCUUGGUGACAGCUUCCUGUUUUUUGGACAGCCCAGUUGCUCUCUAAACUUCUGUCUCAGUGCAGUCCUCCUGGCUGAACAGUUGAGCUCAUGAUGGAAUGGGGUUUGAGGUUCUCCUUUUAUCUUCUCCUGACGGCCGGGCUGAUUUUGCCUCUGGAUUUGUGUCCGCCUCGCUGCCAGUGUGACGGCCUCAUCAACACCGUGUGGUGUGUGGGAGUCCAGGUCAUGCCCGCCCUGCAGCCCUGCACACAGGAGGUAUGGCUAGUGGGGACCAAGCUUUCUUUCAUUCCUCAAAACUCCUUUGCCAAUUUGGUCAACAUUUCUCAUAUAUACAUCUCUGAUGAUGACACUUUGACAUCUCUAGACAGACAUUCCUUUUACAACCUGUCCCGGCUCAUGCACAUACAGCUAACGGGUAUAAAAACACUGGCCCACAUCCAUCCAGAGGCAUUUAAGGACCUUCCCUUUCUAAAAUACCUUGGGAUCACCAACACAGGCCUGACCUCCUUUCCUGGGCUGCAGCAUAUUCAGUCAAGACAAGAUUAUUUUAUUUUGGAAAUAGUGGAGAAUGUCUUCAUCAAAGCCAUUCCUGCUAAUUCUUUCACGGGAAUAUCUGCAAAUGCUUUGACCGUCAUGCUGAAUAGCAAUGGUGUGACAGAGAUACAUCCCUUUGCUUUCAAUGGGAGCAGACUAGAGGAAGUGUACCUUAACAAAAACGGGGAUUUGGAACAUAUAGAUGACUUUGCCUUUUACGGUGUGAUUCUUGGCCCAACUCACUUGGACAUUUCAGAAACAAAAGUCCGCUCUUUGCCCUCCGUUGGAAUGGACAAUGUUGAAAGACUACAAGCCAGAAGAGCAUGGGCCCUCAAGGCCCUGCCUCCCUUAAGUGCCUUUCUUCAUUUGCAGAGUGCAGAAUUAACCUUCUCAAGCCACUGCUGUGGUCUAAAAAUGCUGAAUAGGCGUUCUGAGGCAGCUGUCUGCAACCUGACCAGGGAGGCUUCAGGGAUGCUGCAGGGACUCUCCACAUCUCUGUCCAACUGGCAUCUGGGCUCCAGGCUCCAGCAGCUCCAACACAUCUUUGGUCUUCCAGCUGCUGACAGUAAAAGGAACAAGUCCAACCUCAGCCUCACCUGUCCCGUCGAGGUGUCUCAGAAUGAGAGUGUGUUCCCGGUGGACUGGUCAGCAGAGCUUGGAUCAGAUGUGGAGCUGGAUCUGUGUGGCCCGCCCUCCCCUGACGGCGGGCUGCGCUGCUCCCCGGGGCCCGACGCCCUCAACCCCUGUGAGGACGUGAUAAGCCACGGCUUCCUGCAGGUGGCGGUCUGGGUGGUCAGCCUGUUCGCCGUGUCAGCCAACCUGCUGGUCCUGCUGAUCCUGCUGACCUGCCAGCAGAGGCUGACCGUGACCCGCUUCCUGAUUGGUCACCUGGCGCUGGCGGACGGCUGCAUGGGCCUGUACCUGCUGCUCAUCGCGUCUGUUGACGUCUACACGCGCUCCCAGUAUUACCACUUUGCUAUUUCCUGGCAGUCCGGAGGCGGGUGCCAGCUGGCCGGGAUGCUGUCGGUCUUUGCCAGCGAGCUGUCCGUGUACACGCUGACCCUGAUCAGCCUUCAGCGCUGGCACGUCAUCUUUAACGCCAUGAGGCCGGACAGGAAGCUGCGGCUGCGGCACGCGGCGCUGCUGAUGCUGCUGGGCUGGUGUCUGUGUGGGUCUGCCGCGCUGCUGCCCGUCGCUGGGGUCAACAGCUACGGGAAGGUGAGCAUCUGCCUGCCCAUGGACACCGAGACGGCUGCAGCUCAGGCCUACGUCAUCUCUGUGCUGAUGCUGAAUGUCAUAGCUUUCGUGGUGGUGUGCUCAUGCUACCUCCACAUCUACCUGAUGGUGCACAACCCUCAGUCCAACUCCAGCAGAUACGACACCAGCAUGGCCAAACGCAUGGCCCUGCUCAACUUCACCAACUUCCUCUGCCUCGCUCCCGUCUGUUUCUAUGGCUUGUCUGCUGCCCUCCACCACCCGCUGAUGACCGUCACAGAUUCCAAGGUGCUGCUGGUGCUAUUCUAUCCCCUCAACUCUUGUGUGCACCCGCUGUUUUACGCCAUCCUGACAAAGAGAUUCCACAGAGACACAGUGGUGCUACUGGGCCGGAUGGGGCUGUGCAGGGGACCAACUGUUCUCCACCGGAGCUGACGUGGAUUUCCUCCUACAUUUCCAGAGAGAUGACAUUUGUCCCUUAGUAAGGCCAAAUAAACUGUUAUCCCCACACUGCUCUUCUUUUUCUGUUGAAUUGAUAUAACUGUAUAGCACUAGAAUCAAACCUCUGCAAUGGCCUACGUAUCCUCUUGUGUUCUUGUACACUUGCAGAACCAGAACCUAACCAGAAGUUUUUAUUUUUUGACAUUUGAGAAGUCUUUUAUGAAAUUUGUGUUUUGUCUUUGUCCUGGACAUCUUUUGUUUGGGGUCUGUGCCAAAACAUGAUCGGAUUAGUACAAUAAAAUGACACAAAUGAAUCAAAUUGCCUUUC